GUGGGUGGGACGGGCUCUUCCGGUUCUUCUGCUGGUGCUUCUGGUACUGGACAUAAUCUAGCACCUGCUGAAUCUGAUGAACCUACUCCAGAUAACGCUGAGACAGUUGCUGCACGUGAAGUGCGAAAUGAAGGGGACGGCAUCAAUGCAGCGGGUGGAAAUGCGGCUAACCAAGGAAGUGGAGCACCACAAGUUUCUUCUUCUUCCAACAACUCAGACACAGGGAGUGCCGGAGCUGCGGAUAAUGAAACAACUGAAAACGGCACUUCAUCUGCUGAGAGUGCAUCAACAAAUACCCAAGAAGGUGAUGUGAGAAAUACAGAAACAACUAACUCCACCACCACCACCACCACCACAACAACAACAACAACAACAACAACAACACUUCCUCCUGAACUCACAAACAACAAGAAGGGUUAUGCAGACAGC